GAAGAAAUGACCUUAAAUCUUAGUGUACUGACUCCUAAUCGAAUUGUUUGGGAUUCAGAAGUGGAAGAAAUAAUGUUAUCUACUAAUAGUGGUCAAAUUGGCAUAUUACCAAAUCACGCCCCUAUUGCCAUAGCUAUAGACAUAGGGAUUUUGCGAAUACGCCUUAACAACCAAUGGUUAAUGAUGGCUCUGAUGGGUGGUUUUGCUAGAAUAGGCAAUAAUGAGAUCACUAUUUUAGUAAAUGAGGUGGAGAAGGGUAGUGACCUUGAUCGACAAGAAGCCCAGCAAGAUCUUGAAAUAGCGAAGGCUAAUGUGAAAAAGGCUGAAGGAAGGAGACAAAAAAUUGAGGCAAAUCUAGCUCUCCGAUGAGCUAGAACAUGGGUAGAGGCUAUCAAUCCGAUUUCAGAACUAGUUAGUAUGACUAGUUAGUACGUUCGAA